UUCUUUUCUUGGCGGGAAAGAGGAAGAGCGGCGUGACACAGCGGCACAUAUUCCGCGCGCGCAGCUUCGAUCCCAUGUCUCGAGCGCCGUCUAGCUUCGCACCGCUGCUUAUUUUAUUCGAAAUAACGAUCGCAUCCACGUGGUAACCUCGCUGCCUUCACGAGCGCAUCACGUGCACAGUUGCAGAGAGCCAAUCGAGAAGCAGCCAACGUCGGUGUGUCUAGCCGGGCCCUUUCUUGCAACGGCGCCAGGGGGACAACGAAAAAAAAUUCUGCUCGGGUUAUCUACCUCUACGAGGUCCCACGUGACGCUCGUGACGUCGCGUUACGUCAUCGGAUCUAUAUAGGUGCACAGCCGCGCCUCCGCAGAGCGUGCGCGACAAAAUGCCGGCUAAGAACUGCACCAAGUACACGUUUCUCAAGAGUGCCACCAUAGUGGCACGACCCGACACGCUGGAUGUCGAGGUCAAGAUCAAAAUGGGCGAUCCGGGGUCUGAGAAAAAGGCGGACAUUAACGGUGCCGCUGUGGGUGCAUCGCCCUGCUUGGAGCCGCAAGACCCCUGGGCCCUGCCCGACCUACAAGACCAGGGGGUCAAGUGGUCAGACCUGGGUUGUGCCCAGAAAUUCCAGCGGGUGUUCCUGGGCUUGGCGAAGGCGCUGGCGCUUCUCGCGCUUCUUUAUUUAUUCAUCUGUUCCUUGGACUUCCUGAGCACGGCUUUUCGCCUUGUGGGUGGCAAGACUGCCGGCAAGGUGAUGUCCCAGAAUGAGGUCCUCAAGAACCCUGUCGUUGGACUCAUGAUCGGAGUCUUGUCCACCGUACUCGUUCAGAGUUCUUCCACGUCGUCCUCCAUCAUCAUCACGAUGGUCGGAGCUGGACUGGUGGAAGUCCGAGACGCGAUCCCAAUCAUCAUGGGCGCAAACAUCGGGACUUCGGUGACCAACACCAUCGUGUCGCUCAUGCAGAGCAGCGAACGCAACGAAUUUCGCCGAGCGUUCGCAGCGGCCACCGUCCACGACAUGUUCAACUGGCUCACGGUCAUCAUACUGUUGCCACUGGAGGCUGCCUUCGGGCUUCUGUACCACUUGACAAGUGCGAUUGUGGAUUCCACUGAGUGGACCACCAACAAACAUGCCAACAGAGACUUCUUGCAAGUGCUAACCAAGCCCUUCACUGGUCUCAUAAUUAAGCUGGACAAGAAGGUGAUCCAGCAGAUUGCCAUUGGUGAUGAGAGUUACUACAACCGUUCUCUCAUCAAACGAUGUUGCAACAUGACUGCUGAUGGAUGCAUUAAGCCCUGCGAGUUCGCACUACAGAGCUUGCAGUGGCAAGACAGCUUCAUCGGCCUUCUUCUGCUGGGCAUCAGCCUCCUUACGCUUUGCACGUGUCUAAUCCUUAUGGUGAAGCUGCUGCACUCCAUGUUACGCGGUCGCAUCGCUGUCAUAAUUAAGACCACCGUGAACGCCGAGUACCGCUUCCCGUACUCCAUCCUCGUGGGCUACAUCGCCAUCGCCAUCGGUUGCUUUAUGACCAUCCUGGUACAGAGCUCCUCCAUCUUCACCUCCGCGCUCACCCCUCUGGCGGGCAUAGGUGUCAUCAGCCUCGAGCGCAUCUACCCGCUCACACUGGGGUCCAACAUAGGGACCACCACUACGGGUAUCCUGGCAGCCCUCGCAGCAGACUCAGGGCAGAUCCGGUAUACACUGCAGAUCGCCUUCUGCCACCUCUUCUUCAACUUGAUUGGCAUCGCGAUGUUCUACCCCAUUCCCUACACACGUUUGCCCAUCCACCUCGCCAAGAUGCUCGGCAACACGACCGCCAAGUACCGGUGGUUUUCCAUCAUGUACCUCAUCUGCAUGUUCAUCGUGUUCCCAGCAGCCGUGUUCGGGUUGUCUAUGGCUGGGAUGGUCGUCUUCAUGGCGGUGCUCAUACCGGUGUUCCUGCUGUUCGUUUCCGUUAUCGUCAUCAACGUGCUUCAGAGGAAGGCACCUCUGUUCCUUCCGGAGAGUAUGAGGACUUGGAUGUGGCUACCAGAGUGGAUGAGAUCAUUGGAUCCCCUUGACAGAGUUGUCAACUCCUGCGUGGGACAAAUCGCCUGCUGUCAGAAGAUAUGUCCUCCGCAAAGCGCCCAUAAUGGGUCCAUCUUGCCCAUCCGCGAAGUGCCUUCUCAAAUGAACUUCGUCGAGUCGAGAAGGUCGUCGUGUCCUUCAGGUGACUCGCAGUCUGAUCUCCAAGCGUUUGAAAAUUCUGCAUUUAACUGGACUAAAGAAAAACAGAACAGUGUCACCUUCAUCACGCAAUUAUAACCCUGGGGAAGGGUUGUGUUUGUAAAUACUGCGAUGUAAAUAGACUGAUCUUUUUAUCGAGAACGUUGGUGGCAGUGAGCGAAUGUGUGAAAACGUUUGGUGUUGUGGAUGUGAAAUUGCAUCUCAGAGGUCCUUCCUCGCAGCAAGUUUCAAGAUAUUGCUAGUCUCUUCGUUCUUGUAGGGUAGCGAUUAUCUCUAGUUGAUUGCGAUAAUCGAGUCAAGUUAGUUUAGUCUCGUAUGUAGUGCAAGACGUCUGUGACGUCUAGCAUAGUUCAGAUAGUUUCAUAGUUCUCAUUUCAUAAACAUCAGCCAGGGUUCGAUAUUUUGGGUUGAAAGAUUGGGGAAGCAUCUACAUCAAAGCGCAGUGUUUAAUAUUUCUUGUAUUUAUUACACGACCUGCAAGUGUCCUACAUAUUCACGUAUGUUAAUUGAGGUGUGAUGAUCACUCAAUUUCAAGUCUUCCGUUCCUCACCGCGCAGGUUAAUACCCCUCCCGAUUUUGAGCAGAAAGAGUAACGUAUUUUCCUGCUUCUCGGAGCUCAUCAUAGUGCAUAGAUUAGGGCGGAGUUUCAGAAACAUAAAGCAUAUAGUAGUUUGUGAAUAGAGAUUACACAUUCCAUGUAUAUCAUGUAAGGCUCAUUGCAUCAGUUGUUGCUUGUAGGGGUGAGAUGUGGUCAUGUAGCCCUCACGUUGACUUCUCGUACUUACUAUUUAUAUCCGGUAAAUGGUCAGAGGUGUAUUUGACAUCGACGAUUCAGCCCGGGCAACAGGUCAACUUCUGCAGAUACACCUCUGACGUUUAUUUUCCUUUUUUUCGAAGGCUUUGCUGUAAUUUUAUUUCUUCGUUUAUUUUUCUGGACAAACGUAUCUAGCCAGUGCUUAGAUACUUUUUAGGAUUUUUCAUUCUUUUUAUUAUGAUUUUUACUGUUCUACCACAUCUAACGACCAUUAUAACCAGCUUGAUAAACAGUAUUUCCAAGAUGUGAAUUUGCCUUGCAGUGUUUUAGCAGUCAGAUUUUAUUAUCCGCUACCAAAUAGUAGCGCGACCAGUCAGCAAAGUUUUGUAGCAAUGCGUUGAAUUAUAUAUUUUUAGCAAUUACAUAGUCGGAAGCAGCUGAACAGGAAGGAUACAUAGGGCGACCUGCCCAUGUUCAGGGUGCACGAGUCCUUAUUCAAGCAAGGAGCAAACUGCAAGGACUCCAAAGCAUAUACUCCUGUGUCUGUGCCUUAUGCAGUGGUGGUGUUCAAUUGAAAACUAUUUCGUAUGCCACGAAGAUAAUCUUACAGAAAGAGGGCAUGUUCGCGAUGUGACUGUUGAAUAUCGUGCAGUGUGCCACUGAUGUACAGUUUUGGUUUCAUUGAAAGCGAAAUACUAUGAAAAAAAGCACAGAAACAAAUCCGGAAAAUUAAAGAGACGUUUUCUUUCCGUUCCUAAA